CACGAGGCCAGAGCGGGACUCGAGGGUAGCAGGGGAGCGGUGGCAGAGGAUUAGCCCUCCUCAACAACUCCACCCCCCUCGAGGGGAGAUGACCCCCUCGUUACCCGCGUCUGCUGCGCCUCCGGUCGUCCUCUCCCAUUCCUUGGGGCUUGUUUCCCUCGUGCUCCACACAGCUGCAGGGUCGCGGUCGCCGAAGCCCCUUCUGACUGGCUCUGGGGGUCUUUCCGCACCCCCUUGCGAGGGCUUAUUAGGGGGCGCCGGAGUAACUGCCGGGAGCACGUCUGCUGCAUUCGGGGCGAGCGGUGUAGGAAGGAUCAUCAGGAACCCACGUCUGGCUCUUCACAAAUUAAAGAGCAUGCAAGCAGCAAGAUGUCCUACAGAUGAAUUAUCUUUAACCAAUUGUGCAGUUGUGAAUGAAAAGGAUUUCCAGUCUGGCCAGCAUGUGAUUGUGAGGACCUCUCCCAAUCACAGGUACACAUUUACACUGAAGACACAUCCAUCAGUGGUUCCAGGGAGCAUUGCAUUUAGUUUACCUCAGAGAAAAUGGGCUGGGCUUUCUAUUGGGCAAGAAAUAGAAGUCUCCUUAUAUACAUUUGACAAAGCCAAACAGUGUAUUGGCACAAUGACCAUCGAGAUUGAUUUCCUGCAGAAAAAAAGCAUUGAUUCCAACCCUUAUGACACCGACAAGAUGGCAGCAGAAUUUAUUCAGCAAUUCAACAACCAGGCCUUCUCAGUGGGACAACAGCUUGUCUUUAGCUUCAAUGAAAAGCUUUUUGGCUUACUGGUGAAGGAUAUUGAAGCCAUGGAUCCUAGCAUCCUGAAGGGAGAGCCUGCAACAGGGAAAAGGCAGAAGAUUGAAGUAGGAUUGGUUGUUGGAAACAGUCAAGUUGCAUUUGAAAAAGCAGAAAAUUCAUCGCUUAAUCUUAUUGGCAAAGCUAAAACCAAGGAAAAUCGCCAAUCAAUUAUCAAUCCUGACUGGAACUUUGAAAAGAUGGGAAUAGGAGGUCUAGACAAGGAAUUUUCUGAUAUUUUCCGACGAGCAUUUGCUUCCCGAGUAUUUCCUCCAGAGAUUGUGGAGCAGAUGGGUUGUAAACAUGUUAAAGGCAUCCUGUUAUAUGGACCCCCAGGCUGUGGUAAGACUCUCUUGGCUCGACAGAUUGGCAAGAUGUUGAAUGCAAGAGAGCCCAAAGUGGUCAAUGGGCCAGAAAUCCUUAACAAAUAUGUGGGAGAAUCAGAGGCUAACAUUCGCAAACUUUUUGCUGAUGCUGAAGAGGAGCAAAGGAGGCUUGGUGCUAACAGUGGUUUGCACAUCAUCAUCUUUGAUGAAAUUGAUGCCAUCUGCAAGCAGAGAGGGAGCAUGGCUGGUAGCACGGGAGUUCAUGACACUGUUGUCAACCAGUUGCUGUCCAAAAUUGAUGGUGUGGAGCAGCUAAACAACAUCCUAGUCAUUGGAAUGACCAACAGACCGGAUCUGAUAGAUGAGGCUCUUCUUAGACCUGGAAGACUGGAAGUUAAAAUGGAGAUAGGCUUGCCAGAUGAGAAAGGCCGACUACAGAUUCUUCAUAUCCACACAGCAAGAAUGAGAGGGCAUCAGUUACUCUCUGCUGAUGUGGACAUUAAAGAGCUUGCCAUGGAGACCAAGAAUUUCAGUGGUGCUGAAUUGGAGGGUCUGGUGCGAGCAGCCCAGUCCACUGCUAUGAAUAGACACAUAAAGGCCAGUACUAAAGUGGAAGUGGACAUGGAGAAAGCAGAAAGCCUGCAGGUGACGAGAGGAGACUUCCUUGCUUCUUUGGAGAAUGAUAUCAAACCAGCAUUUGGCACAAACCAAGAGGAUUAUGCAAGUUACAUUAUGAACGGUAUCAUCAAAUGGGGUGACCCAGUUACUCGAGUUCUAGAUGAUGGGGAGCUGCUAGUGCAGCAGACUAAGAACAGUGACCGCACACCAUUGGUCAGCGUGCUUCUGGAAGGCCCUCCUCACAGUGGGAAGACUGCUUUAGCUGCAAAAAUUGCAGAGGAAUCCAACUUCCCAUUCAUCAAGAUCUGUUCUCCUGAUAAAAUGAUUGGCUUUUCUGAAACAGCCAAAUGUCAGGCCAUGAAGAAGAUCUUUGAUGAUGCAUACAAAUCCCAGCUCAGUUGUGUGGUUGUGGAUGACAUUGAGAGAUUGCUUGAUUAUGUCCCUAUUGGCCCUCGAUUUUCAAAUCUUGUAUUACAGGCUCUUCUCGUUUUACUGAAAAAGGCACCUCCUCAGGAGAAGAGAUCGAGAGGGGAUAGAAAAAUUGAAAAGGGCUGUCCCAGCAGGGAGCCAAGCCGGAGAAAAGGGCUUCUCUGAGAACUCAGCAGCAGCAGCUAAGAAAGCUCCCAGCCUGCUUCAUCUACAUGCAGAGUCACACAAGGCAUGGGGGUGCUCACCGUCACACAGAGGUUUCACAUGUGCUUCCCUGCUGAUUCCUGUGAAAAGCUAACAAUUGGCUUGGAGGGUAAAAGACCACUGCAGUUCACCCUCCCUGAGCUGGACGUACAAUUUGUCCAGUGUUAGGAAAUGUCCGGCUUAGCAGUGAGAGGCUUGAAGACACCCCUCCUUCCAGUGAGAUCCUAACGCCGUCUCUUUUACUUGAUGACACUGGGGCUCUUUUCAAGUUUUGCAGAUUUAUGGAAGUUGAGGGGAAUGUGCUUUUCAAGAUCAGGAGGAUGAAAGCCUUGGUCUCAAUGUCAAAGAGGAAGCAGUAGUGAGUGGUAAGGCCAGGUAACUCUUCCUGCAGCCUGCAGCACCAGUGGCUUGAUUAUUUUCCUCAUAGAUCUCUUCUGCCACCUUUUUUUUCUUUUUGGGAGACAAAGUGUCUGAAAAUGAGCUCCUUGGGCUGUAAAAUGACAUGAUUUCCCAGUUUCCUCAACAAGUGUGAGAGUAGUUAAGCCUAUUAACCUCACUGUUUAAUGCUGGGUUUGACACUUUUGUGCAUCAAACUGGAAAACCUCAUCUGUAUGUAACAGGGUAACCUUGUAAUUUAUGGAGGAGCAAUCCUUCCUCAGUUCAGUGCUUCUCAACCUUUUUAGAUCAUGGUGCAUAUGAAAUGGUAACAUCUGAUGAUACACUUGGGUAAGUGGAUGAGGCCACUCACAACUGGCCAAGGGUCUGGCCCUCCCGACAGCUGGCAGGAGUUGAUAUCUUAGUCCACGUAUAACUCAUGUGAAGCUGAACAGUUGGAAAACUCUUUGGAAAUGUUAAACUUUUACGAAAAAAGAAUUAACCACUCUAACUUCAUAGCAGUAUUACUGAAGUAGAACUCAGACCUAACAGUUAUUAGUGUUUUGGCUAAAUUUUAUGAUGUUGUUGAGAAUAGUAACUUCCUCGCUCCUCUGACACCUAGGAAUAUUACCUAGUAAGAGAAAUACAGCUUAAAGCUUGGAGGACCUAAGGUGCGAACCAACAAGAAACUGUCAGCAUUCUCGGGAUGGGGACUUGGGCAGACACACUUGUUUCUGCAUGAGUUUUGUUUUUAACAUCAGCAGUCUCUAGACAACAUUGCUUUUCGUGUAGUCCUUACAUGACAUCUUAGCAGUCUUACUUCAGAUAUGGUUAUUAGGACGUCUUGGUAUCUUGAUAAUAUUAAGCAGCUCUUCAGGCUUUGGGUUGCUUUAGUGAAAUAAGCAGAAAAUAGAAGAGACUCCACAUAAUGCAGGCCUAAACAUGAGUAUCUUUCCAUCUAUUUGUUCGAAAUUAACUCUGGCUAAUGACUAUGAUAUGACUCAGUAAGAUAUAUAACCACUUUAGGAAAGAGGCUUAGUCAUUUUGCCAGACACAUUAAUUUUAAUCCACUGAUGUGGUGACUUUUGCAUUGGGCUUCAUUUCUUUUAUUUAAAAAAAAAAAAAAGAGAGAAAACUAUGACGAUUGACAGCUUAGUGGCCUGCUUAUUAAGUCACUGAUAUUAGAUGGCUACUAUAUUUGUAAUAUUCUCUUUAGGUAUACUUUGCUUAGUAUAGUAGAUUUUCUUGGAAGUCCUAUGUAAAUUGAACAUGUGUAUGUAUAUAUAUAUACACAUAUCUCUGAGGACAAAAGGAAAUCUCCAAAGAUGUGUGUUCUUGUUUUCUGGACAGAAAGAUAAUGUAUAGUGAAUGUAUAGUGAUCAACUAAGAUGAUGCCUAGUGAAGCCCUUUGUAAACCUGUGGACUACACAGAUAUACGGUAUUAGAGAAAAUACAUAUACAUAGAGAGAGUAUAUAUUUAUGUAGAUUAAUUUCAGAUGUAUCAAAAACAGUGAAAUAGGCCAAACAUUGUGGCUCACGCCUGUAAUCCUAACACUUUGGGAGGCCAAGACAGGAAAAUUGCUUAAGACAGGAGUUCAAGACCAGCUUAGGCAACAUAGUGAGACCCAGUCCUUACAAAAAAAAAAAAGUUAGUCGAAUGUGGUGGUGAGCAUCUGUAGACCCAGCUAUUCAGGAGGCUGAGGCAGGAGGAUCACUUGAGCCCAUGAGUUCAAGACUGCAGUAAGCUGAUUCCCGCCACCACACUCUAGCCUGGGUGAUAGAGCAAGACUCUGUCUCUAAAAACCAAACAACAAAAAACAGUGAAAUAAAUUCUUUUAUAAAACAUUGCUACAGAUAUCUGCUGAAUAAAAUCAAACUUUCAAAAUAGGGUUUUAUUUUGGUUUUGGUAGAGCACAUCUAUAGCAGAUAUUGAUACCAGAUUAAAUUAUAUAUAUGCCAUUUUCUGAUAACUCAAAAUUAAAUAUUUAAAUUUUAAUCAUCAGAAAAAUGCUAAUAGUGUUGAGAUGAAAUAUUUUUUCAUUGCUAGAAUGUAUUCUUCCAGCUCCAUUGCCUUAAAUAAGUUACCGUGGCAUUCCAUUAGCUUUGAAAGGUGUGGAUUAUAGCAUUGUAGUAUUCCAUGGGUGCCAUGACUGUAGUUAAGAGCACCCUUUCUGUAGAACUUACUCUUUGUAUUGAACUUGAGGUUUAAAAAAAAAAAAACAAAACCUAAGUCUUAGCUCAUGUAUCAUCUGGC